AUUUCCCACAAUGCACCUCUCUGGAACUGACAGGGCUACCAUGGCGGCAGACGGCUGCAUCUUCCACAGGACCCUGACCAGGUCCAGACCCGCUCCGAACCAGGCGUCUUCGUGCUCUCCAGUUGUCUGCAGGGAGUCCCUGCACGUUGUGGACAUUCGCCGUUACAGCAGAGACCCGGCGUCCGCCAUCUACUUCCCCCAGGCCGUCCUGAGUGGUGAGGACCUGUAUGACGUCACGCUGACAGACGGUGACUGCCGCCUCCAGGUGACUCUGGACCCCGGUCUGAACCGCCUGGUGGAGAGGCGGGUCCUGAAGCCGGGGUCGGCGCUCCGUAACGCUGCCUUCAUCCCGGCCCUGAGCGCCCAACUCCCAGAAUGCCCUGGGGCCUCUGCAGACAGAGACAGUUACAGGCUGGUGAGCGUUCAGGUUGAUGAGGAGGAGGAGGAGAAGGAGGAGGAAGAGGGAGUCAGGAGGUCCGAUGCGGACUGGGACUCUCUGCCCUGGUUUGGACCAUCAGAACCAGCAGGUGCGCUGCUUCCUCUCAGAGCCAGCAGGAGCGUCUUCCUCCCUCUGUGGAAUAACGUGGACUACAGCGGCGAGGAGUGGACGGAGGCUCCGCCCACUGACAGCCUGGAGGAGGACGAGGAGGAGGAGGAGGAGGAAGGACGACAGCCGUCUGUUACCGUGUCCGAGCUGCGGGAACGCUUCCUGUCCGGGCGCCGCGGCGUCACCAGGGGCGCCAUCCAGCAUCAGCUGAUCGUACGCAUCAUCAACAAGUCCCACCUGAUGUACUACGGCAGGACAGACAGGAACUGUGAAUGCCCAUAUAAGGCCGUGCUGCAGGCCUGCGACCGGACAGGAAGUGUGUGUGUGGUGCUGUGGAACAGCGUGUGUGUCAGCUGGUACCGCCGCCUGGAGCUCGGUGACAUCAUCAGCCUGCGACGCUUCCGGGUCAAACAGCACUACCAGGCCGAGGUCGACGACAUCGAGGUCAGUGUGAACAGCAGGAACCCGGCAGCUCAGCUGUGCAUCGUCUCCGAGUCGUCCGUCUCACCGGAGAGCGUCCCACCUGCGCCGUCACACAGCUUCUACAACAGCAAGGAGUUGCAGGAGCGUCGUCACGGCUCCCUGUGUGAUGUCAUCGGCCUGCUGACCUUCGCAGGUCGGUCGGAGCGAGUCCGGAAUAAAGAUGGUCGAGGGGCGGGGCUUCUGGAGUACCGCUGGCUCCGAUUGGAGGACGGCAGCAGCGAGCAGCCAAUCGUGGUGAAGCUGUUCUCCACGUCGCAGCCUGAGACGCAGCUGAAGCUCCACCCACUGUCCGUGGUGGUCUGCACCCGCCUCCGGCCCGUCACGACCCAGCAGAACCCCGCCUGGCUCUACCUCACCAACACCACCUACACACAGGUGUACUGCACAGGGCAGGGUCACCACCGCCGGAUGAGCUACCGGCGGCUGCAGCCGGUCCGGAGUUUCCUGCGGUGGCUGAGGGGCCAGGAGGACCAGCAGGUGCUGAGCAGGGCUCUGAUUGGAGGGUUCUUCAUCUUCCCGCCUCCUCCCGUCUCCUUGGAAACGCUCAUGAGGGAGAGGAGAGGUGAGAUCGGGUUCCUGCAGGGGGCGGAGCUUCAGAGGGAGCUGGAGCGGCUCUGUUACCGGGAGCGACGCACCUUCUGCCUCCAGGCGACCGUUUCCAUGGUUACCUACAGCUGCACAGGGGAGGAGGAGCGCUGUUUGUUCUGGACGGACAGGCCGUGGUCCUCGCCGUGUCCGCCGUCCUUCAGGGCGCCGUCGUCCUCGCCGUUCUGCCCGACGUCUCCGUCCUCGUCCCUCAGCGCCUCCACGCCGCGUCACGCAGGCGCGCCACGGAGGUCCGGCAGGCGGAGGAAGCUGCUGAUGCCGGAGACGCCCAGCAAGAGGCGUCCUCUGCUCGCUGUCCAGACAGAACCCAACAGGACAGAGAUCCUGUUUGAAGCCUCCAUGGAGUUCGUGGUCCCCGCUGGCGAAGAAGAUGAGGAUGAUGAUGACGACGAUGAUGAUGACUCUUCAUCCUACGCCACCGCCGCCCUCCCCCCGACAUUCUCACCCGUCGCCACGGAAACCUUACCGCUGCGCUUCGACUACAAUCACAGGGAGGAGCAGGCUGCUGCCGUGGCGAUGGGGGGCGGGGCCAGCGCGGAGAGCUUUGGCUCCGCCCCCAGAGACUACUACACCGUGAGGCUGAGAGCUCUGUCCGACGGCCUGACGAUCGACGCCGUCUUCCUGCCUCACCUGUCCUCCUCCUCGCAUCGCCACGCCAACACCUGGACCUCCAUCCUGUCCCAGGGAGCCUUCUCCUCUCACACACCGCCGCCGUCUCCAGCUGACCUGAUCGCCAUGGCGCCCCAGCUGGCCAAUCAGAGGCUGGUCUGCGUCCUGGAGGCGUGUCACCUGGGCGGAGCCAGAACCGAGCUGGUUCUGAGUCGAGGUUUCCACCUGAAGGACUGACACCGGAAGGUUCCUCACUGCGACCCAGAAGAACCAACAAGAACUUUUCAAUAAACAUCGUAAUCAAACUCUGACUCUUCAGACUGUAAACGUCUAGUGGUUGCCAUGGAGACCUGAGCUGGGGAGGUUUUAUCCUCUGGACCAACCCGGUGGACAAGUGGGGCUCUGUGUCCCAUCAUAACUGUUCCCCAGGGAAACGGAACGAUACAAUAAGAGGUUCCAGAAAGUAUUAUUUAUUUAUUCAGUUUAAUUAUGUAGCAACAUUUUAUAACAUGUCACCUUAAUGGACUUCAGUAAAAAGUCAUUUUUAUUCAUUUUAAUGCUAGUCACCAAUCAAAGGAUUUUCAUUUUAUUCACAAUAAAACCAGAAGAACUGAUUCAGUUCAUCUGUGUUUGAAUGGGAGCAAAUGUUUUUAUUGUAAAGUGACUUUGAUUGUCUUAAUAAAGUGUCAAAUUAGUUUUA